AUGGCCGACGACGAGCGCGAUGGACGCGACGAAGGCGCUAGCUCCGAAGAUGAGGACUAUGUCCCAGAGGCCGACGUGGACGGGCAAGUUGAAGACCAGCUCGACGCGAAAGAAGAAGCCGAAUACGAGCGGAAACAACAAGCCAAAAAGUUUGGAGUUGCUCAGUCUGACACCGGAACCAAACGCAAAGUGGACGAUCUGUGGGGAGAGCUGCAGGCCGACACGGUGGUGUCCACCAAGUCGUCUACCAAGAGCCAGAAGCUACUGAACAAACUCCUUGGGGGGACGGCGAUCAAGAAGAAGAAGCAAAUAGUGCACGAAUUCAAAAUCCCCGUCCUCGGAUGUACAUCAUCUUCGUCGCGGUCGUCCAAGCUCACCGCCGCCGCCACGCCCGUCGUCUCGACCCAAGUGCUCAAGUAUGCAGGCCAAGAGUACAGUGUGACCAAGAAGGCGGCAGCAUCUGGCGCACGCGAGUCCGCGCUGGACGCGGCGCUGGCGUCGCUGAAUCAGCCCAAGAAGGUGUCGACGAUUGAAAAGUCGUCGUUGGAUUGGGAUUCGUUCAAGGACGAAGCGGGGAUUGUCGACGAGCUGGACCAGUACACCAAGGACGGGUACUUGGAAAAGCAAGACUUUUUGCAUCGCGUAGACGCCCGCAAGUUUGAGCUCGAAAAAGCAGUUCGGGACAAGCAGCGGAAACCGCAUACUUCGUAA